AUGGCUGAGCGGAAUGCAGUAAUUCAGCAGCAUGCUGCGAUACCAACCCCACCACCACCACCACCAACAUCACGAGUUUUUGAUCUUCCUUGUCAAGAUCUACUUGCUGCUUCAAUCAAAGGAGAUUGGAAAGCUGCAAAUCGCAUCCUUGAUCAACAUAAAGAAGAUAUGGCAUUGGUGCGUUAUAGUAUCACCGAAAACUGUGAAACAGCACUUCAUGUUGCUGCAUCAGCUCAAAGCGCCAAUUUCAUGGUUAAUCUUGUGAAAAAGAUGAAAAGGGAAGACUUGCAACUUCAGACUAAAACUGGCGACACUGCCCUCUGUUUAGCAGCAGCAGCUGGAAACGUCAAAAUAGCCGACAUUAUGGUGACCAAGAACGAGAACCUGCUGAUGAUCCCUGGUAGUGAAGGAUUGAUGCCACUUAGUGUUGCAGCUUUUUAUGGAAACCAUGAUAUGGUUGAGUAUCUGUAUGAAAAGUCUAAGAAGAUGGAAGGAACUGAAUGGAAAACUUCGGAUAAGCAAUGGCUUUUGUUGAAAUGCGUCAAGGUUGGUUUCUUCGAUAUUGCAUUAAUAAUAUUGAGAAACCACAAAGAAUUACUUGCUCAAAGUGAGAGCAUACUGGGAGUUUUGGCUCGAAACCCUUCUGCGUUUAACAAAUGCGACCCACAUACUCUUUGGAGAAUCAUCAAGUCGUCAAUGAUCAUUUGUUGGAAGGUGGAACCUGCUGUGGAAAGUGAAGCCAUGCAACUACUAAGAGAAAUUUGGACAAACAUUGUGGAAAGACCAAAGGYUGAAGUAGAUAAGAUUCUGAGAGGCCCCGGGACUCUAUUAAAUGAMAAGCUCACAUACUCCUCACCCAUUCUGUUUGUUGCUGCAGAAAUGGGAAACACUGAAUUUGUAGUAGAGCUUAUUCGUAAAUACCCUGAUCUUAUAUGGAAGAAAAACGAUAACAACCAAAGUAUYUUCCACAUYGCUGUCUCUCAUCGUCGCGAGAGUAUCUACAAUCUGUUACAYGAAAUAGGGUCGAUGAAGGAUYUGAUAACCCGUCUUAGAGACACCGAACAAAACAAUAUGUUGCAUUUAGUCGGAAAGAACGCGCACAACCACCAACAUCAUAACGUGUCCGGGGUAGCUUUUCAAAUGCAACGCGAAUUACAGUGGUUCAAGGAAGUGAAGGCUAUGAUUCCUCCUUAUUACAGAGAAGAGCAAAACAAAGCUGGCUUAACACCAUAUGAGUUGUUCACUGAGAACCACAAACUACUGGUUUCUCAAGGUGAGAAAUGGAUGAAAGAUACAGCUAGUCAAUGCAUGGUUGUUGCUGCACUUAUAGCUAYUGUAGUAUUUGCUGUGGCUUUUACGAUCCCUGGUGGCUMCAACCAAAACAAUGGGCUUCCGGUGUUCCUCUGGAAAGGACCCUUCAUAGUGUUUGUCGUAUUGGAUGCCAUUUCUCUGAUCUUAUCUUCUACUUCAAUCCUCGUGUUCUUAUCCAUCCUCACUUCUCGUUAUGCUCAACAAGAUUUCUUGGAAUCAUUGCCCAAAAAGCUAUUGAUAGGUCUAACAACGCUUUUCCUCUCGAGAUUUGUAGUAUUGGGUCUCCUUACUCAAUUGACAAUUAUCGAGAACUACAGCAAAAUUAUCGAGAACUACAGCAAAAUUAUCGAACCUAAUCUGAAGCAGAUUAGGGGAAAAAGGAUUUACCUGUUGAGUGAUGGGAGAAGGCAGUGGGCGACGGAGACGACGAAGGGAGAGGGAGACGAACGGCGACGAAGGGAGAGGGCGACGAACGACGACGAAGGGAGAGGGAGACGAACGGCGACGAAGGGAGAGGGCGACGAACGACGACGAAGGGAGAGGGAGACGAACGGCGACGAACGGCGACGAAGGGCAUGA